AUAUUAACUGCGGAGACUCAGUGCCUGCCUGGCUAGUCUGGUGAGACGCGGUCCGGGGUAGUGUACUACUGUAUCGUUCUCUCCCAGGAACAGUAAAAGAAAAGGAUUACCAUGACAUCUUUGAUCAAAAAGGUGAUCAGCACCACGAAAGCCCCAGCGGCCAUUGGUCCUUACAGCCAAGCCAUCUUAGUCGACAGGACCAUGUUCAUCUCGGGACAGGUAGGUUUUGACCCGUCAAGUGGACAGCUUGUGCCAGGAGGGGUGGUAGCAGAGGCCAAACAGGCUCUCACUAACAUCGGUGAAAUUCUGAAAGCUGCAGGCUGUGACUUCACUAAUGUGGUAAAAACAACUGUUUUGCUGGCUGACAUAAAUGACUUUAAUACUGUCAAUGAAGUCUACAAACAGUAUUUCAAGAGUCAUUAUCCUGCUAGAGCUGCUUACCAGGUUGCUGCUUUGCCCAGAGGAAGCCGAGUGGAGAUCGAAGCAGUAGCUAUCAAAGGGCCUCUCACACUAGCAUGACUAAGCCGCCCCAGUGUUCUUUAGUCUGAAAUUUUAAUAAUGUUUUACAUCUUAAUUUUGACAAUUGAUGCUGGAAAAUGUAAGACUGACUAUAAUAUCUGGUUAUUACAGAAAUAACAUGUAAUAAGGGUAACUGAACAUAAACAAUGAGGCCAAUUACUGAUAUUACAGAUUACACUUAUGUACACUCAUGUGUCUGGGUGUGGGUAGAGAUUCACUACUACGUCUUUACUCGGUAAAUAAAAGUAAAGGAAAAUAGCAUGUAGGAAAGAUGAAUUACCACUCCUGAGAAAUAGUAAAAAGCACAAUUAAUUCAGUUAAAUCCUAUUAAUUAAUGAAUGAAAUAUUUAGUUCUCGUGUCAGAUAUGAUUCUGCUUUUAUUUUAAUAAAAUCAAAGUAUUCAAAUUUAAAUGGCAGAGAUAGAGAAGAGGACCAAAAUUUUAUAUAGUCAUAUUUUUUAAUGGAAAUAAAAUAGACAUUCAGAUUUUC